CCAUUAUUCUCCACAUCUAUAUCUCUUCUCAUGAUGACCGACACCACCCCGACCCAGGUGGCUGCUCUGGAGGCCUUCCUCCAGGAUCAUCCCACCAUCAAGUUCACCGCGCCCACCUCCCCUGAUUACCCCGCAGCCCGCGAAGUAUGGAACGGGGGGCGCCUCGACAACCCCCUCGCCGUCGUUCAGCCACAAACCCCGACCGGCGUAAGCACGAUCGUCAAGUAUGCCAAGGCACACAAAAUCCCAUUUACCAUUCGCGCGGGCGGACACAACCUGGAAGGCCGGUCCAUCGUCGAAGGAGCUCUGCUCAUCGAUUUACGGGCACUGACAGACGUCACGGUAUCGAGUGAUCGCCAGUCCGCCACCGUGCAAGGUGGAAUCCUGCAGAAGGAGUUGGCCACCAAACUCUGGGAAGAGGGCCUAGCCACGCCGAUGGGAACUAUCCCUGGUGUGGGAUACGUCGGUUGGGCCACGUACGGAGGAUACGGACCCUUCUCGGCACACUGGGGAUUGGGGGUCGAUCAGAUUAUCAGUGCGACGGUCGUCAGCCCUGAUGGGGAUAUCGUUACCGCCGAUGAAACUCUCCUCAAGGGGAUCCGAGGAGGUGGUGGACUGUUUGGUGUCAUUUUAGACCUCACUAUUAAAGUGUACCCCCUCAAGAGUCUUCUUACCGGAGCAAUCGUAUUCAACUCGCAAGAUAUCAUCAAAACCGUCACCGACUUCAACGCCGCCUACGAAGAGCUCCUCGACACAGGCAUCCCCCCAGAACUAUAUAUCCAACAAAUCUCAUUCAACACCCCACACGGCCGGGUAUACGCUGUCCUCUUCGUCUGGAGCAGCGACGACACCGAAGAAGGUCUUCGAUGGAGCGAAAAGAUCGCCAGUCUGGGACCAGUUAUCAUGAACAAUGUAGCUCCGACCGGUAUCCCGGGGUGGCUGACUGCGAACGGUGCUUUUGUGCCUUCAAAGAUGUUCGGAAUCAGCCGCACGCAGAAUAUCCGUCGCAUCACGCCCGAAGUAGCCAAGGUGCUCGGACAGACGCUCGAUCGUAUGCCUUCAGACCCGGGUACGAUGUUCUCGAUUCAGCAACUAAGGGGUGUUUCAGCUGAGGCGAAGAGCAACUCGGUCUUUGCGACGAGGGAACCGCAUCUUGUACUCGAGAUUCUGGGGUUCACGACGGAGGACGAGGCCAAGGAGGAAUCAGAGCAGUGGGCGAAGCGGGCGGCGGAAGAGUUUCAACAGACGGACCCGAAUAAUACACUCCCAACAGUGUAUAUAUCUUUGUUGAACACAAUGGGGGUUGAAUCGGCAGACGUGCUCCGUAAGGCGUAUGGACCUCAUGUCCCGGAGCUUCUGGCGCUGAAGGAGAGGAUUGAUCCCGAGAAUGUUUAUAGUUUGGCGGUUCCUCUGCUCAGGUGAACUUGAUCAGCUUCAGAGAAUGCGUGGU